GUUGAACUCCAAAAGGGCUUCGUGAUUCCGUUUCAUGAAUUUGGUCCCCUGAGUUAAAACCCUAUGGCUGAAGAAGACUUCAUUUUCUGCUACAGAAAUGCCAAAUCGUUUGGUGUACAGUGACAUUAAGUUUUGAGGCAUCAUCUGGUGGUUAAAGAUGGUUGAAAAUGCGAAAGGAAACUCAUUUGAUUUUCCAUGCAAAGACGUUGUGACAUGCGUCGAGUUCUGUCCAUUCGAGGCGGCAUCCCAGCUAAUUGCGUUUGGUGGUCAGUUACGGGUCAGCAUCGGAUCCUGUAGAUUCCAGGAAGAAGAUAAAUCUGUUGCGGGAUCUGACUACCAGCACCUCAGGGAUUUCCAUCAUGACACUCAAGUUGUUGCCAUCAGCUGGAGUCCAGAAACAUCCCUGGAAAUACUUCCAAGAUGUGUCAGGUUUUGCACAGCUGGAGUAGAUCACAAGAUCCGGCUUUUCACCUCGGAUAUGAAGGAACAGGAUGUUAUGGAGUUAAUGGACGGCCAUGUAGACUACAUCAACGCCCUCGCCUUUGAGCCCACCGAGGGCCAGCUCAUCGCCAGCGUCAGUGACGAUCACACAUGCCGAGUCUGGGGACUAGACGGUGUGCAGAAGGCUUGCUUCUCACUGAAGGCAGCUGGCAUGUCCGCUUGUUGGAACAGCCAAGAUCCCAUGAAGCUGAUGGUUGCUGAAAAGCGAGGGACCAUUCGCUUCUACGAUCUCCUAAAUCAACAGCCAAUCAUGUCCCUUGAUGCCGGUCAUGUGAUGUUGAAGUCUGCUGAUUGGUGCCCUAGCGAUCCAACCAGGGUUGGCGCUGCCGUGGAGGGGGAGUGGAUGGUUUGGGACAUCACAAGGUCCAGUCGGGCGGAAGACAGUCAGCAAGCCCACACGGAAGGAACACAACAAUUUCGCUGGUCGCGCAUCAGCGAGAAUCUGUUUGCAACAACAGGUCGCCCUGGCAACCAAGUGAAAGUUUUCCACAUGGGUCACCAUCAGGUCCCUGUAAGCAGCGAAGUACCAGUUCUCGGUGGUCUGACUUGGCAUGCAUUCCUGCCCAUCUGUGCGGUAGGUGGAGACAGAAAAAUCCACGUCUGGAUCACGGAAGCAUGAAACUUACGUCAAUGUUAAGUGCAGAGGAUUGGAUUUUAUGCAUAAUGUUAGCUUAGCCUUUGUCUGCAGUACAAUUGGAGAGUCAUUGCCAACCUAGUGGUUAACAUUUGGUGAAUCUGCAAGUGGAGGGUUAGGGGUUCGAAUCCAGUUGCUGACCUUGUGUUGUCCUUGGGCAAUAUACUUUACCCAAACUUGCCCGUCUCCAACUUAUGAGGUAUAUCUUGGUAUAUAUCCUGGCAUUAGUUGGGUAGUAACCAUUUAUUAAUUUGAAUUUAAAGUCAGAAGAAAAGAAAAAUUUUGUUAUUUCAAUUGGAUAAACACGGGCCAGAAAAUGUUAAAUCAUGUGCUUGGAUACUGUAAUUUCAUUGGUUUAGGACGGUCACGUGUCUGGACAAUACACUGAGGGCGAUGCGUUAUAGCUUAUGCCGACGUGUUAUAGCUUUGCGCAAUGAGAACUGCGACAUCAAACGCUCAGUCUCAUGUCCGGCAGAUGUCAAAACCUUCAGUUAUUCAAAGUUAUAUCACACCGAUUUAAUUUAUUUCCCACACAGUAAGUAACAACCGUUUAUCUUUUUGAGUCAUUGGCACGAUAUAACCAAACAAUUGUUGACUGCUCUGAUGUGGGAUAUGCCGUUUUUUAACCCCCUCUGGCUGCAUAGCUUUGCCUCGGGUGCAAUGCACCCCUCUGGUAUUAAAAACAUCAUAUCCCACAUCACAGCAGUCAACAAUUGUUAAUUGGCCUGGGGCAGACUACACAUUUGGUAAAUAUAUAUACUGUACAUGUAGACAAAACUUUGUAUGACAUCCAUUGAGAGCAUAGAGUUGUAAGAAAAUGUUUAUUGUUAAAUUUUGGAAAUAAAACCGCUGAGAACA